UACAUCAAACGAGAUUUCGAUCGAUGAUUAGGGGCAUCGGGCCGCUGCAACUGGUGCGCUACCAUAGAACCCUUUUCUUUGAAAUUUGCAGUGAAGAACAAGACAGGGUGAUGGCGUCACCUAGAGAGAUUCUGUUGGAAAUUUUGGGGAAUUUGGAAGUUGAGGACUUUAAAAAGUUCAAUUGGUACCUGAAGAACCAGGGCUUACUUGAAGGUUUUCCAGCAAUCCGAGCAUGUCGCCUGGACGAUACCAACAGGAUGAACACAGUGGAUCAGAUGGUGAAGACCUACAGCAUAAACACUAUUAAAGUCACCAUAAAGGUUUUGAUGAAGAUGAACAUGAAUGAACCUUUAAAGAAAUUAUCGGAAAUCACCUCAGAACCUGAAGACAUUCUCGCCCAAUGUUGCCAAAAACUGAAAUUGAAGCUGAAGAAAAAAUAUGAGACUUUAGUCGAGAAAAUCACAAAAACAGGAGAUGGAAAACCUUUUGAUGAGAUUUACACUGAGAUCUUCAUCACAACGAAAGAGACCAGAGAGGUCAACGUGGAGCAUGAGGUCCGACAGAUUGAAAGAACCUUCAGUAGGCCAUACAGCCCAGAAACUAUCACAUGUAAUGACAUCUUUAAAAGCACAAAUGACAAAGGUGAACCAAUCAGACCAGUGCUCACAAAGGGCGUGGCCGGCAUCGGGAAAACAGUCGUAACACAGAAGUUCAAUCUGGACUGGGCUGAAGACAAAGCCAACCAGGACAUCCACUUCACAUUUCUGUUCACUUUCAAACAGCUGAAUGUAGUUAAACAGAAUUUCACCUUGGUGGAACUCAUUCAUCACUUCUUCACGGAAACCAAAGAAGCAGGAAUCUGGAUCUUUGAAGACUUCCAGGUGGUGUUCAUCUUAGAUGGUCUGGAUGAGUGUCAACCUCCUCUGGACUUCAACAACACUCAGAUCCUGACUGAUGUGACAGAGUCCAGCUCAGUGGAUGUGCUGCUGAUGAACCUCAUCAGGGGGAACCUGCUUCCCUCUGCUCGCCUCUGGAUAACCACACAACCCGCAGCAGCCAAUCAGAUCCCUGCUGAGUGUGUUGACAUGGUGACAGAGGUCAGAGGGUUCACUGACCCACAGAAGGAGGAGUACUUCAGGAAGAGGUUCACAGAUGAAGAGCAGACCAACACAAUCAUCUCCUACAUCAAGACGUCACAAACCCUCCACAUCAUGUGUCACAUCCCAGUCUUCUGCUGGAUCACUGCUACAGUUCUGGAGGACAUGUUGAAGACCACAGACAGAAGACAACUGCCCAAGACCCUGACUGAGAUGUACAUCCACUUCCUGGUGGUUCAGGCCAAACUGAAGAAAAUCAAGUAUAAUGGAAGAUCUGAGAGAGAUUCACCCUGGAGUCCAGAGACCAGGAAGAUGAUUGAGUCUCUGGGAAAACUGGCCUUUGAGCAGCUGCAGACAGGAAACCUGAUCUUCUAUGAAUCCGACCUGACAGAGUGUGGCAUCAAUAUCAGCUCAGCCUCAGUGUACUCAGGAGUGUUCACAGAGGUCUUCAAAGAGGAGAGCGGACUGUACCAGGACAAGAGGUUCUGCUUCAUCCAUCUGAGUGUCCAGGAGUUUCUGGCUGCUCUUCAUGUCCAUCAGACUUUCAUUAACACUGGAGUCAAUCUUCUGUCAAGACAAACUUGGUGGCCUGCACUAUUUGGAGGAAAACAAAAGCUGCAUGAUCUCCACCAGACCGCUGUGGACCAGGCCUUACAGAGUCCAAAUGGACACCUGGACCUGUUCCUCCGAUUCCUCCUGGGUUUAUCAGUGCCAACCAAUCACAGUCUCCUCCAAGGUCUGCUGAUACAGAAAGGAAGUUGUUUGGAGACCAGACAGGAAAUAAUAAAGUACAUCAAGAAGAAGAUUGAGAAUGAAGGGUCUCCAGAGCGAAGCGUCAACCUGUUCCACUGCCUGAAUGAACUGAAUGAUCGAUCUCUGGUGGAUGAGAUCAGCAAGUACCUGAGAACAGGACGUCUCGCCUCAGAAGAACUGUCCUUUGCUCAGUGGUCAGCUCUGGUCUUCAUCUUACUGUCAUCAGAUAAAGACCUGGAUGUUUUUGACCUGAAGAAAUACAGUGCUACAGAGAAGGCUCUCCUUAGGCUAAUGCCGGUGGUAAAAGCCUCCAACAAAGCUCUGUUGAGUGUCUGUAGGCUGUCAGAGAGAAGCUGUGAAGCUCUGUCCUCAGUUCUCAGCUCCCAGUCCUCUAGUGUGAAACAUCUAGACUUGAGUAACAAUCACCUGGAGGAUUCAGGAGUGAAGAUGCUAUCUGCUGGAUUGGAGAGUCCAAACUGUAGCCUGGAAACUCUCAGGUUGUCUGGCUGUCAGCUUUCAGAGUCGAGCUGUGAGGUUCUGUCUCCAGUUCUCAGCUCCCAGACUUCUAGUCUGAGACAUCUGGAUCUGAGCAACAAUGACCUCCAGGAUUCAGGAGUGAAGAGUCUUAGUACUGGACUUCAGAGUCCAUGGUGUAAACUGGAAACUCUCAGACUGGGGGGAUGUCAGGUCUCAGAGGAAGGCUGUGCUUCUCUGGCCUUGGCUUUGAAGUCCAAUCCUUCUUAUUUGAGAGAGCUUGAUCUGAGCUACAACCAUCCAGGAGGCCCAGGAUUGGAGGUCCUUUCUGCUGGGCUGGAGGAUCCACAGUGGACACUGAACACUCUCAGGUUGGACCAUGGUGGACCACACAGACUAAGACCUGGUCUGAAGAAGUAUUUCUGUGAACUCACCCUGGACAUAAACACGGCCAACAGAGAGCUCAAACUAUCCAAUGACAACACGACGGUCACAUAUGUACGCAAGGAUCAGCCAUAUCCAGACCACCCAGACAGGUUCGACUGUUGGCCACAGGUGCUGAGUUCCACUGCUCUGACUGGUCGCUGUUACUGGGAGGUUGAAUGGCCCUUCAAAAAAAUGGAGUUUCAUAUCGCAGUGUCCUCCAAAGGAAUCAGAAGGAAAGGACACACCAGUGACUGUGUGUUCGGAGCUAAUGAUCAUUCCUGGUGUCUGAACUGUUCUUCACAUGGUAUCUCUGGCUCUAGUCAUGGUUUCAGAGAGACACUCACCCGGUCUACCAGGCCACACCACCUUUGUUUCUCUGAGGCGGUGGGGGUGUAUGUGGACUGUCCUGCCGGCAUCGUGUCCUUCUAUUCAGUGGAUUUUGGAGAUUUGUCCCACCUCUGCACCUACAGCACCACAGUCACCGAACCUCUGUACGCCGGGUUUAGGUUGGUGUCUCCAGAUUCCUCAUUAUCUCUGCGACGUCUGGAGGACGUACAGCCUCACCUGAACUGAACGAACCCUCCGUUCUCCACCAAACUCCGAUGGGAUCGAUAACAGUGAGCCCAUUUCCAUCCACACUAUUAUUGAUCAUGUCAACAGUAUAUUCUGAUCUGUUGGAUCAGAUCACAGAUUAUGACAAAUCAGAUUAAUACACCUGCUUUUGUCUCCAGUACUUCGAUGUCAUAAUAAUUACAUUUAUGUAGCACUUUUCUAUGAAUGCAUACUCGGAGUGCGUCCAAUGGAUCCAUUAUUCAUUCACUCUCACGUUCUCACUCUGGUGGUGGUAAACUACGUUUUUAGACACAGCUGCCCUGGGGCAGACUGAUGGAAGUGUGGCUGUUUUAAUAUAGUUUUAAUAUAUACUUUAUAUUUUAAUAUACUGUACUUUCUGGACUAUAAGCCUCUACUUUUGAACCCUGUGGCUUAUCCAACAAUGCAGCUCUAGUAUAGAGCUAUACGGGCUAACAGCCUCCAGGGGGCGCUCUGGCAGGAAGCACAAAAGAAAGACAGACCGAUGGAAGAGGUGAUGAAGAGGAGAAGUUUAAAUCUGAACUUAGAACAAUCAUUUUACACAAACCCUCAUCAUGGAAAACACCAAGAAAUGCAUAUGAUGGAGCUUUGAAGUUCAAACCAAUGGAUGUGUCUGAAAAGAAGGAAAUAGAGCUGCAGCACAAAGACAACGGAAGAGACGUAGAA